AUGUGUAAGCUGGAACAGUGGAGCACGGAAACAUUGACUGACUACCUCAUCAGGUGGAAGAAGGAGGCGAGGUCAGUGGAGAAUUUCGAUGAGAAGGCGGCCAUACCGAUCUUCACCAACAAUGUCAGAUCAGGGCCCUUCCACCGCGACCUCGUCCAGAAUCGCCCGAAAACGUAUGCGGCGUUGCUGGACCGAGCGGCAAGGUUCGCCGAGGCGGAGGAGGCCGAGAGGAAGAAGAAGGAGGAGGAACGAGGCCGGGGUCGAGACAAGGCACCCCAAGAGGAACGUCGGGCUCCAAGGUCCCCGCGCCAAGGGCCCCGGUUGGCUCCCCUUCAUUGCCUGACCACUCUAACACAUCCGGUGAGCGCUAUUCUGGAACAUGCCGAGGUCAUGGGAAUCGUAUCAUACUCGGAUGAGUGUUUGAAGGUGUCGCCGAAUGCGGAUCCGAACAAGUAUUGUCGUUUCCACAGACAGCAAAGACACGACACCGACGAGUGCAUGGUUCUCAAGAGACAGAUCGAGGAGCUAAUCCAAAGGGGCUACCUUGGUCAGUACGUUAAGAGGUCGGGGCAAGGCCGACCACAAGGCCCGGGCAACGUGUGGAAGAAGAAGGGUGGCUCCGAGCCACCCGCCUCCGGGUCGCGUAAGAGGGAGCUCGGCCAGCUCACUGAGGAGGAGGAGAAGGAGUUGGACGAGCCCCACCCUCAAAAGAAGCAGGUCAUCCACGUCAUCUUCGGAGGCCCCGAAGGGGGAGACACACAAUCAGAAAGGAAGAAAUGGGCCUGGAACCUUUAUGUGGGGGAAGUCGUCCGCCAACCGCAUGAGAAAAAGCCGAGGAGAGAACCUAUUACCUUCACAGACGACGACCUCCCGGACGGCCCUUUACCGCAUCGCGAUGCCUUGGCGAUCACCUUGGACAUCAACAACGUCAUCGUGCACCGGGUACUGGUGGACACGGGGAGCUCGGUGAACGUCAUGUACUAUGACACGUUCACCAAGCUCGGCCUAUCAAGGAAACAAUUAACACAGGUGAGAACCCCGCUGUCCGGGUUCACAGGAGACUCCAUCGAGACAGAAGGUUCUAUCAGCCUCGAGGUGGAGAUAGGCACCCAGCCGCACGUCAGGAGGUGGGAGGUCGAGUUCGUGGUCGUCAAGAUCGAAUGCGCGCACAACAUCAUUCUUGGCCGACCCGCCUUGGAAGACCUCCGGAGCAUAAUAUCCAUGGAACACCUAUGUUUGAAGUUCCCCACCCCGACCGGGGUCGGGGUGGCAAGAGGAGAUUAG